AGAAGAGGAAGAAGUUGAUCAGCAUCGAUGCUCCGUGCAGGCAGGAUGGAGGAGUUUGUGACGGAGGAAGAGGAGCCGUGGUACGACCAGCGGGACCUGGAGCAAGACCUGCACUUGGCAGCCGAGCUUGGCAAGACUCUCCUGGAGCGCAACAAGGAGCUGGAGGACUCCCUGCAGCAGAUGUACAUCAACAAUGAGGAGCAAGUGCAGGAGAUAGAGCACCUGUCCAAGCAGCUGGAGAUGUUGAGGGAGAUGAACGAGCAGCACGCUAAGGUGUACGAGCAGCUGGACGUGACGGCCAGAGAGCUGGAGAUCACCAACGAGAAGCUGGUGCUGGAGAGCAAGGCGUCACACCAGAAGAUAGACAGGUUGACGGGCACCAUGGAGACGCUGCAGGGUCAGGUGGACAGCCUGACAGCUCGGGUGGAGGAGCUGCGCACUCUGGAGGAGCUGAGGGUCCGCAGGGAGAAGAAGGAGCGGCGCAAGACGGUUCACUCCUUCCCCUGCCUCAAAGAGCUCUGCACCGCUCCAAGGUACGAGGACGGCUUCCUGCUGGCCAACCCCGGCAGCGUGGACCUGGCUGAGAAACGUCCAGCGGAUGAGGAGAACGAGCGGCUGAAGGACAUCGUCUCGUCCCUGCGCUCGGCGGUGGCUUUAGAGCGCUCCGAGAGGGAGGGCGCCGAGCGGGAGUGUGCCACCGUGCUGCAGGAGUUUGAGCGUCUGGAGCAGCGUCUCCUCGGAGCGGAGGGCUGCCAGCUGCGGGUCCAGGAGCUGGAGGCGGAGCUCCAGGAGAUGCAGCAGCUCAGGAAGUCCAGGGUGUGUCUGAUCGGGGGCAUGGAGGACGGCCUGGAGACGCUGCUCAGAAACGGGCCCGAGACGGACACCCCGGAGGACGCCAUGGGGCUGGAGGACGGAGGCGAAGGAGGUGUCGGAGAGGAAGGAGGUGCGGGGCAGCAGGGAGGCCCGGUGAGGAAAAGCUGCAGCGACACGGCUCUGAACGCCAUCUCGGCCCGAGACGCCUCAGGCCGGCGCCAAGGCAGCUACGCCCUCCAUGCUAACGGCGUGCGCAAACGCGGCAUGUCCAUCCUGCGGGAGGUGGACGAGCAGUACCACGCCCUGCUGGAGAAGUACGAGGAGCUGCUGGGGAAGUGCCGCCGCCACGAGGAGAGCCUGUGCCACGCCGGGGUGCAGACCUCGCGGCCCGUCUCCAGAGACCCCUCCAUGAAGGAGUACAGCAUGGUCUGCGCGGGGCCGUCCACCUCAGAGGCGUCUGCUGCCGCCGCCGCCGCCGCCGCCCCUCCCACGCCCCCUCAAACUCCCUCCACCCCGGAGGCCCUGGAGGGGAUCAGCAGGCAGGUGGAGCAGGUGGACAAACGGCUCAGCCAGAACACGCCGGAGUACAAGGCGCUGUUCAAAGAGAUCUUCUCCCGCCUGCAGAAAACCAAGAGUGACAUGAACUCCACCAAGAGCAGAAAGAGCCACAAAUGAGCCGCUGAUGCUACAGGAAACAGUGACUGCACAAGAUUUAACUUACCUCGCUGUUUUUUGAAGAGUCCUCGUCCUCUUAGAUGAGGGAUUAAUUACAAGGCUGAUUAAUUACAAACUGCCAAUUGUUUUAUUUCGCUACAUGGUGGAAGAUGGUUGAUGUGGAUGAAAUGCCUUUUCCAUAACGGACAAUUAAUCAGAAUGAAGAGUUUUGUUGAACCUGGUCUCACAGGAAUCUGUGGAAUAGCCACGGAUUUGCUUAACUCAAAAUCCGUGGAAUAGCCACGGAAUCACUCAAAUUUCCGUGAAACUGACACGGAUUUCGCUACAAUGCAAGUUAAUGACAGUCAUAUCCCGUGGCUAUUCCAUGGAUAUUUGUUCCUAUUGGUUUGUUCCAGGUCACGUGACUUUCAAGGUCCCGGCGGUCAGAACAAAAAACAUGGCGGACAGUUCUCUCAUUUUUAGUGAAAAAAAUCAAUAUUUUGACUUAGUUUCUGCAUAAAAAUGGAUUUUGAUCACAUUUCUAGCGAGAAAUAUAUGUUUUAUUUUCUAAAUAUUCACUCAGUGAAUGUACAUAAUCACUUUGUAUGUUGGAAUAGCCACGGGAUAUGACUGGCAUUAACUUGCAUUG